AUGGGAGAUGGGAGGACAGAAAAUUGUGGGAGGAUGGGAGACGGGAGACGGGAGACGGGAGACGGGAGAUGGGAGAUGGGAGAUGGGAGAUGGGAGAUGGGAGAUGGGAGAUGGGAGAUGGGAGAUGGGAGAUGGGAGAUGGGAGAUGGGAGAUGGGAGAUGGGAGAUGGGAGAUGGGAGAUGGGAGAUGGGAGAUGGGAGAUGGGAGAUGGGAGAUGGGAGAUGGGAGAUGGGAGAUGGGAGAUGGGAGACGGGAGACGGGAGACGGGAGACGGGAGACGGGAGACGGGAGACGGGAGACGGGAGACGGGAGACGGGAGACGGGAGACGGGAGACGGGAGACGGGAGACGGGAGACGGGAGACGGGAGACGGGAGGACAUGGGACACAAUGGGAGAUGGGGGGCAGGGAAAAAUGGGAAAAUAAAUACAUUCAAUGA